GAGGGUCGGAUUUUCUAUUUCAGACUGGUGGUUCGGGGCCCCACAGCCCCGUGUCUUCCACACCCAGGGUUCCAGGGUCUCUCUGGACGUUAAAAUUACCAUCCCCGCCUUCCCUCUCCCGCUGAGUCCCGGCGUCACCGUGAGUCGUUCCGAGGCCUCGUAGCUCUGCUGCCGGUUCCCCGGCAGCCCGUGUCCGUUUCGGGUGACACUCGCUCUGGAGUCCAUACCCGCCAGUAGUUCUGCUUUCGCUCCAGUAGAGACCGCCGCGUCGUUUUCUGGUUUAAAAUGCUCCUCUGAGCUCCCGCUCCUCGUCCCUGGUCCAGGAAGCGGUGAGGGGUCCUGCUUCUGUGCGGAGUUCGGUCGGGGCCGCGUCUCUGGCUGGAAGGGGAGAGUGAGUCCUGCCCAGGUCGCGCUGCGGCCCCGGGACGUGUGGGCAUCCCAGGAGGGCAGCGAGCUCUGAGGACAAGGAAGAAAAACCUACAAAACCCCAAAAACCUCGCUCGUAUGUCUCCGUCUACCCCAAUCGCUGUCUACCCUGCCUGCAGCAGUGGGCAGGGGAGAAUCGCCUUUUCUGGAUGCUGAGGGCCUCCCUGUGUGUGUGUUUGUGUCCCAGGAAGAGGGGAUGUUGAUUCUAAGCAUUAAACAGCCUGUUGUCAACAUUCAGGAUUCACUUCUCAAGACUGAUCUUAGCCGAGAAAGAAGCCCAGACGCAGAGGAAAGAAAGGAGUCAGAAAUGACGCUUUCCCAGGUGCUGUUGACUUUCAGGGACGUGGCCAUAGAGUUCUCGCCAGAGGAGUGGGAAUGCCUGGACCCCGCUCAGAGGGCCUUGUACAGGGACGUGAUGCUGGAGAACUACAGGAACCUGCUCUCCCUGGAUAUCUGUGCUAGAUGUGUGAUCAAGGAAAUAUCACCAAAAGCGGAUAUUAACAAAGGAGAAUUAUUCCAAACAUUGAUGAUGGAAAAACAUGAAAGAAACGACAUGAAGGAUUUUAAUUUCAGGGAAGUUGAGCAAAAUAUGCAUGAGUUUGAGAGUCAGUGUGGAUGUUAUGAAACAAAUUACAAAAGAGUGACUACAGCCCAUAACAAAAAUCUCACUGGUGGAAGAGAUCAACCGCAUAACAAAUCCUGGAAUAAUUUCCCUCUAACGCAGAGUGUUUCUGUAAGAAAAAGUACUUAUCAAUAUAGCAGACAUGAGAAGUCAUAUAUAAGAUAUUUGUUAAAACUGAAACAUAACAUAACCUAUGCAGGAAACAAGUAUAUAAAAUGUUUUGAAAAUAGGAUUGGAUUAGGAAUUCAGUCACAUCUGGCUGAACUUCAGGAGUUCCAAACUGAAGGGAAAAUUCAUGAAGGUAAUCAAGUUGAGAAGUUUAUCAACAAUAGUUAUUCUGCAUCAGAACUUCAAAGAAUUCCUCCUAGUAUCAAGAUCAACAUUCAUCAUAAUUCUGGGAAAAUUUUUAUGUAUCCAUUAUUACUUACACAACAUCAGAAAACAGUGAAAAAUAGUGAAAAGCCUUACAAAUGCAAUGCUUGUGAGAAGGCUUUUAGAGAAAGCUCAAACCUUGCUAGUCACCAGAGAAUUCUUUCUGGGCAGAGACCUUACAAAUGUAAUGAGUGUGGCAAAGCAUUUACCCAAUUUGCAAACCUUUCUAGACAUCUGAGACUCCAUACCAGAGAGAAACCAUAUAAAUGUGAUAUAUGUGGCAAGGGCUGUAGUCAAAAUGCAAAUCUUGCAAGUCAUCAGAAAAUCCAUACUGGGGAGAGACCUUACAAAUGUAAUGAGUGUGGCAAAGCCUUGUCCGAGCGUUCAAGCCUUACUCAGCAUAAGAGAAUCCAUACUGGAGAGAAACCUUAUAAAUGUAAUGAGUGUGGGAAGACUUUCAGAGGAAGCUUGAAUCUCACUAAUCAUCAGAGAAUUCAUUCUGGGCAGAGGCCUUACAAAUGUAGUGAGUGUGACAAAUCCUUCAACCGCAUCUCACACCUCACUAGACACCAGAGAAUCCAUACUGGAGAGAAACCUUAUAAAUGUAACAUGUGUGGCAAGGUCUGUAGUCAACAUUCAAAUCUUCUAAGUCAUCAGAGAAUUCAUACAGGAGAGAAACCUUAUAAAUGUAAUGAGUGUGGGAAGACUUUCAGAGGAAGCUCGAAUCUCACUAAUCAUCAGAGAAUUCAUUCUGGGCAGAGGCCUUACAAAUGUAGUGAGUGUGACAAAUCCUUCAGCCGCAUCUCACACCUCACUAGACACCAGAGAAUCCAUACUGGAGAGAAACCUUAUAAAUGUAACGUGUGUGGCAAGGUCUGUAGUCAACAUUCAAAUCUUACAAUUCAUCAGAGAACUCAUACAGGAGAGAAACCUUAUAAAUGUAAUGAGUGUGGCAAAGCCUUUAUGGAGCGUUCAAGCCUUACUCAACAUACGAGAAUCCAUAGUGGAGAGAAGCCUUACUCGUGUAAAGAAUGUGGCAAAGCCUUUAACCAGUCCUCUAACCUUGUCAUACAUCAAAUAAUUCAUACUGGAGAGAAGCCAUACAAAUGCAAUGUGUGUGGCAAAGCCUUUAAUGUGUGUUCAAGCCUUACCCGUCAUCAGACAAUCCAUACUGGGGAGAAGCCUUACAAAUGUAGUGAGUGUGACAAGGCCUUUACCCAAUUUGCAAACCUUACUAGACAUCAAAGAAUGCACACUGAAAAGAAACAUUGUAAACCCAAUAUGUGUGGCAAGGGUUUUAUCCAAAGAUCAAGCAUUGGGGGUAAUCAGAAAAUUGCAGUGGAGAGAAACCUCACAGAGGUGUGUGGCAAAACCUUUAAUAUAUGUUCAAACCUUCCUGGGAAAGAAGCUGAUGUAACCUGGCCUUCUGGGGAAGAUUCAGGGGAACGACAGCCUGAAGGGAAAAAACCUUCUGACCCCCUCCCUCCUGGAAAGGCGGGAAAGGAGCUUGGACAGCCCUCAAGGAGGAAGCCUUCUAAUAAUCAGCCUCUAAGGAGAACGUUCCCUCCUCAGGUCCUUCUGGGAGGAGACAUUCUUGGAUGGAACCAUGCCCCCUCGUCAACUCCAUAUCCAGCUCCAGGUUUCCAGACUGCGGAGACCCGCUCUCCUGUCUCCCAGGAGAAACUUCUGUGCCCCUUCGCAAAACAGUUUUUCACUGAAACCGAUUUCAACUUGUUAAAACUGGGCAGGGAGCAGCCCCGCUCCACAGGACACCAACUAAAUCCAAACAGUUCCAAACUCAGACAGGUGGGCUCCGCCCCCGCCAUCGCCAUGUCCCAGCCUCCUCCAGCCUGCCCGGCGACCCCGCCUCCCCCGGCGACCCCGCCUCCCCCGGCGACCCCGCCUCCCCCGGCGACCCCGCCUCCCCCGGCGACCCCGCCCUGGCAACUGCUCACGCCCCGCCCAUUGCCGGAAGCGCUCCGCCCAGCCGCCCCUUUCCCGCAGCGCGCAUGCGCAGUUCCUUGCAGACCCGGAAGCGGCUGGCGCGGAGGGAAGCCCACACUCCUACACGCGUGGGGACUGGGGGUCGCUACGGGCGUUAAAAUCCCCGGAUCCGCCUCUCCUAUCCUCGGAUUGACAUCUCAAGAUUCACUUUGCCUGAGAAAGAAGCCUGGAGGAGGAAGAAGAGGAAAGAAGGAGGAGUCAGGAAUGACGCUUUCUCAGGAACUGUUGACGUUCAGGGAUGUGGCCAUCGAGUUCUCUCAGGAGGAGUGGGAAUGCCUGGACCCCGCUCAGAGGGCCUUGUACAGGGACGUGAUGCUGGAGAACUACAGGAACCUGCUCUCCCUGGAUAUUUCUACUAGAUGUUUUAUCAAAGAACUAUCACCAAAAGAGGACAUUAAUAAUGGAGAAUUAUUCCAAACAUCUAUUUUGGAAAGACACGUAUGCCAGAGUUUUGAUGAUUUUGAUUUCAGGGAAGUCCAGCAAAAUAUGCACAAAUUUGAGAGUCAGUGGGUAUAUGAAGAAAAGAAUUAUGAAGGCGUGCCUAGAAGCCAUUACAAAAAUCUCACUGGUAGAAGAGAUCUACAACAUCAUAAAUCCUGGAAUAAUUUCCCUGUAAAGCAGAAUGUUUCUGUAAGAAAAAGUAUGUCUCAAUAUUACAAACAUGACAAGUCAUAUAUAAGGAAUAAGGAACUAAAAAAUGACAUAGGCUGUUCAGGAAACAAGUAUAUGAAAUGUUUGAAAAACAGGCUUGGACUGAGCUUUCAUUCACAUCUGGCUGAACUGCGGAGAUUUCAAACUGAAGAGAAAAUUUAUGAACGUCAUCAAGUUGAGAAGUCCAUCAACAAUUGUUCUUCAGUUUCACCACUUCAAAGACUUCCUCCUAGUGUCAAAACUAAUAUUUGUGGUAAAUAUGGGAAGGUUUUUAUGCAUCCUGCAUUGCUCACAGAACACCAGAAAACACGCGUUAGAGAAAAACCUUACAAGUGUAACGAGUGUGGGAAGGCUUUUAGCCACUGCUCAACCUUAGCUAAUCACCAAAGAAUUCAUUCUGAUGAGAGACCUUACAAAUGUAAUGAGUGUGGCAGAGCCUUUAACAGGUUCUCAAACCUCACAAGGCAUCAGAGAAUUCAUACUGGGGAGAAACCAUAUAAAUGUAAUGUGUGUGGUAAGGAUUUUAUGAUACGUUCACACCUUUGGAGUCAUGAGCGAAUUCAUACUGGAGAGAAACCUUACAAAUGUAAUGAGUGUGGCAAAGCCUUUUCUGAGCGUUCAAAUCUUGCUCAACACAAGAGAAUCCAUACUGGAGAGAAACCUUACAAAUGUAACGAAUGUGGUAAGGAUUUUACCACACGUUCACACCUUUGGGGUCAUGAGAGGAUUCAUACUGGAGAGAAGCCUUACAAAUGUAAUGAGUGUGGCAAAGCCUUCACCGGGAGUUCAAAUCUUACUCAACAUAAGAAAAUUCAUACUGGAGAGAAACCAUAUAAAUGUACUGUAUGUGGCAAGGCCUUUAGUCAGAAUUCAAGCCUUAUAGUUCAUCAAAGAAUUCAUACUGGGGAGAAGCCUUACAAAUGUCAUGAAUGUGGCAAAGCCUUUAAGCAGUACUCGAGCCUCAAUAGACACCAGAAUAUUCAUACUGGAAGGAAACCUUACAAAAGAAGUAAAUGUGGCAAAGCUAUUAAUCAGUCUUCAAGACUUACUCAAAACCAGAGUUAUCAUGCUGAAGCAGAACCAAACACAUGUAAUCACUGUGGGAAAGCCUUUCAUCAAUCAUCAACUCUAAAAAGACGUACGAAAAUCCAUACUGAAGAGAGACCAUACAAAUGUAAAGAAUGUGGGAAAGCCUUCAACCGGUACUCAAACUUCACUAUACAUCAGAGAAUUCAUACUGGAGAGAAACCUUACAAAUGUAAAGAAUGUGGCCAAGCCUUCACCUGGUGCUCAUCCCUUACUAUACAUCAGAGAAUUCACACUGGAGAGAAGCCUUACAAAUGUAAAGUAUGUGGCAAAGCCUUCAACCAGUACUCAAACCUUACUAAACAUCAGAGAAUUCAUACUGGAGAGAAACCUUACAAAUGUAAAGAAUGUGGCAAAGCCUUCACCUGGUACACAUCCCUUACUAUACAUCAGAGAAUUCACACUGGAGAGAAACCAUACAAAUGUAAAGAAUGCAGCAAAGCCUUCAACCAGUACUCAUAUCUUACUAUACAUCAGAGAAUUCAUACUGGAGAGAAACCUUACAAAUGUAAAGAAUGUGGCAAAGCCUUUAACAACUGCUCAAAUCUUACUCAACAUUGGAGAGUUCAUACUGGAGGGAAACCUUACAAAUGUAAAGAAUGCGGCAAAGCCUUCAAGCAGUACUCAUGCCUUACUCGACAUCAGAGAAUUCAUACUGGAGAGAAACCAUACAAAUGUAUAGAAUGUGGCAAGGCUUUUAACCAGUGUUCAAACCUCACACAACAUCAGAGACUUCAUACUGGAGAGAAACCCUACAAAUGUAUUACAUGUGGAAAGACCUUUGUAAAAAAUAUACAGUUUAGAAACCAUCAGAAAGUUCAUACUGGGAAGGAGAAUUCCUUUGAAUGUAAGGAAUGUGGGAAGGCCUUUAGUCGUGGCUAUCAACUUACCCAACAUCAGAAAAUUCACACUGGUGAGAAACCCUAUGAAUGUAAAGAAUGUAAAAAGGCCUUUCGUUGGGGUAACCAACUUACUCAACAUCAGAAAAUUCAUACUGGUGAGAAGCCUUAUGAAUGUAAGGACUGUGGGAAGGCCUUUCGAUGGGGCUCAAGUCUCGUUAUUCAUAAGAGAAUUCAUACGGGCGAGAAACCCUAUGAAUGUAAAGACUGUGGGAAGGCCUUUAGACGUGGUGAUGAACUCACUCAGCAUCAGAGAUUUCAUACUGGUGAGAAAGACUAUGAAUGCAAGGACUGUGGGAAGACCUUUAGCCGCGUGUAUAAACUAAUUCAACAUAAGAGAAUUCAUAGUGGUGAGAAACCCUAUGAAUGCAAAGACUGUGGGAAGGCCUUUAUUUGUGGCUCGAGCCUCAUUCAGCAUAAGAGAAUUCAUACCGGUGAGAAGCCCUAUGAAUGCCAAGAAUGUGGGAAGGCCUUUACUCGUGUCAAUUAUCUUACUCAACAUCAGAAGAUUCAUACCGGUGAGAAACCUCAUGAAUGUAAGGAGUGUGGGAAGGCUUUUCGUUGGGGUUCGAGUCUCGUUAAACAUGAGAGAAUUCAUACAGGUGAGAAGCCAUAUAAAUGUACAGAAUGUGGCAAGGCCUUUAAUUGUGGCUAUCACCUUACUCAACAUGAGAGAAUUCACACUGGUGAAACGCCUUAUAAAUGUAAGGAAUGUGGAAAGGCCUUUAUUUAUGGGUCAAGCCUUGUUAAACAUGAGAGAAUUCAUACAGGGGAGAAACCGUAUGAAUGUAAAGAAUGUGGGAAGGCCUUUAGUCACGGCCAUCAACUUACACAGCAUCAGAAAAUUCAUACCGGUGAGAAACCCUAUGAGUGUAAGGAGUGUGGAAAGGCGUGUAACCAUGUAAACCAUCUUAGGGAACAUCAGAUGGUUCCUACUGUUGAAAAGCCUUGUGAAUACAAAGAGCGUACGGAGGCCUACACAACAUUCCUUCCUUCCACAACAUGAGGAAAAUUCUUGAUAUAAAUUAACAUCAGAAAGCCUUCACUGGUCACUCUUCUGCUUAUCGAAUAUCAGAAUAGUCAUGCUAAAGGCAAAUUUCAAGAAUGGGAAAAUCACUCUUAACGAUCACAGCAUACUCAGUGCAGAUUUCUUUUACUGGGUAGAUGAGUUUAGUAAAUGCAUAGAAGCUUUCCAGUCCCGUUCGAUCUCUGUCGCAUUUCAGAUUCAUUCUAGGGAAUAACUGUGCUGAUGUAUUGUGGGGAAGCCUUUUGUCGUGGUCCAUAUGCCACCGUUAUCACCAUCCCACCUCUCCUCCCUGUGAGACACUGGGCAAAUUACCUCUUACCCCUGUGCAUCAUUUGUGAAGUGGGGAGAAGCACACCUACCUGCUCCUGCUGUUGUGGUUGAGUUUGGUACAUGUAACCUCCUUGAAAGUGUAUCUGGAAUAUUGUGUAAGCUCAAUAAACAGUAGCUGCUGCUGCUCUUAAUCAUUA